CACAAGGAAUUUGGAGAAAAAUCAGUAGGAGUUUGUCUUCCAUGCAUGAGCAUGUGGAGGCUAAACAUUCUAAAUUUUUGAGCCAUUGGAGGAUUUGUCUAGUUGUUAACUUCAUGGCCUCGGAAUUAGUCGAGGUUUGUGCAAGCUAGCCUGGACAUCUGGCUAUAACAAAAAGAAGUACGCAAGUAUAUUAAUAAUAUAUAGAGCAGAAGUGGAAAGAUUGUAGAGUACACCAAUAGAUUGAUUGAGCGCAAUGAGAAAAAUGAAAAAGUAGUACGCUAGAGAAAAUGGGUAGGAGUCCUUGUUGUGCCAAAGGAGUGAACAGAGGAGCUUGGUCUUUGCAAGAAGAUCAAAUCCUCAUCAACUUCAUCAAAACCCAUGGACAAGGAAGAUGGAGAAGUGUUGCUCAAAAAGCAGUUGAAGGUUUGAAGAGGUGCGGGAAGAGUUGCAGGCUCAGAUGGUUAAACUACUUGAGGCCGGAUAUAAAGAGAGGCGAAAUCUCUGCCGAUGAAGAGGACCUCAUCAUUAGACUCCAUAGUCUUCUUGGCAAUAGGUGGGCAUUGAUAGCUAAGAGACUGCCCGGACGAACCGACAAUGAAAUCAAGAACUACUGGAACACAAACCUAGCCAAGAAGUCUCACGACAAGAAAUCAAAGCUGCCCAUCAAACUACCCCAAACCAAACCCGAGGAGGAGACCAAGCCCAUUGAGAAACCUGAUCAAGUGAAAGCCCAAACUUACAAUUCUGUUAAAUGCUCCAAAACUCCAUUAAUCCCGCCUCAAGAAAUUCAGCUGACAUCAGUACAAAAUGAAAACCUAGUCCCGUUGGACGAUGAUUCUUUCAACUUCUUGAUGGAAGUCGACUUUGGCGACGUUUUCGUACCUGUGGUGGAUUUCCCUCACGCUCAGUGCGGGCAAAUGAAUGUGGGAAAGAGCGACAUUGUUAAUCAUGUUAAGGGCGACGAUAAUCGUAUUCUCUCUCUGCAGUCAGAAGAUGGAUUUGUAGACGCAAAUGAGAUGAAAGGUGUCCAAUUAAUCCAACCGAGUUUGGAUUUGGAGCUGAAGAGGGUGGCUUCUUUUCUGGAGUUAGAAGAAGAUGAAUGGAAUGGCGAUGGACAUUAGGAAAGUCACUGUGCCAUUUCAUGUCAUGCAUGUCAAUGGUGUUCCAUACUAGUAAUUUUCGGUAGGGAAUUCUUUCCUUUACCCUCUUAAUUUUCUCUUUGUUUUCAUGAUUUCACAAUAUUGGAAUAACACUCGGUUAAUAUUAACCCCAAGGGCUG